AUGGUGAUGCAGCUCGAAUCGGCAGGAGUGGUGCCAGGGGGGAACGACAAGCUGGAUAUCGACGAGAUUGACACAUGGAAGACGGCCUUUGCACGAGCGAGACUGGAGGCUUGCACCCUUCUCCUGCCUGAGUGGCGGGGCACUCUGGAGCUGCCGUCGCACCAGUCGAUUCUGCGCGGCUUCCACGCGACACCUUGUGCGGACUUCCAGAAGGGCUACUGUGCGCUUCACCGCGUGCGUGGGAAAACAUCCUUGUGUUUCUGCUUCCAUUUCGACUCCCAGCGUCGCCGUGCUCCCAUCGACGAAGCUGGUCGGCUGAGGUACUGGGACGUCGCCUGCCACAGUCUGACCACGGGAACACCCUGCGUCGAUGGCGAGGAUUGC